AUGAAGGCUCUCCUGCUGGUCUUCCUCGGCACAGUGGCUCACCUCCUGCAGCCCACCCUCUCCUUGAGAGUUAGUGCUUUCAACAUCAGGGCCUUUGGGGACACCAAGCUGUCCAACGUGACCAUCAUGGAUUUAAUUGUCAAUAUUGUGUCCACGUAUGACAUCACCCUCAUCCAGGAGGUCCGAGAUGCAGAUCUGAGUGCAGUCAAAAAGCUGAUGAACCGACUCAACCAGGCAUUAUCAGGUCCAUACAGCUAUGUGGUCAGCAAGCCUUUGGGCCGCAGCACCUACAAGGAGCAAUACCUCUUUGUUUACAGGGAGGACAAGGUAUCUCUUGUGGACAGCUACUACUAUGAGGAUGGCUGUGAGCCCUGUGGGAAUGACACCUUCAGCAGGGAGCCCUUCAUUGUGAAGUUUGAUGCACCUCAGACUGAGGUGGGGAAACUGGUGCUGGUGCCUUUGCAUGCUGCUCCCAGUGACGCUGCGGCCGAGAUUGAUGCGCUCUACGAUGUCUACUUGGACGUGAGAGACAAGUGGGGGACAGAUGACGUGCUCCUCCUGGGAGAUUUCAACGCUGACUGCUCCUUUGUCCGGCCCACAGAUUGGCCCCACAUCCGGCUGCGCUCCAGCAAUGCCUUCCAGUGGCUCAUCCCAGACAUGGCAGACACCACCGUGACAAGCACCAGCUGUGCCUAUGACAGGAUUGUGGUGGCUGGCGCCAGAAUGAGGGAGUCCAUCCUGCCUGGGACAGCCAAAGUGAAUGACUUCCAGCAGACCUUCAAGUUGCACUAUAAGGAUGCCUUGGCUGUUAGUGACCAUUUUCCCGUGGAAGUGACAUUGAAAUCCAUCAGCAAUUCCCGUGGAAGUGACACUGAAAUCCACCAGCAAAAUUCCACAUAG